CAGUGGUGCCAAUCCCGCACUAAACCAACAUGGCGUUUCCAACCUAAGAUGUAAAUAAACGUCCAGCUGCAGGGCAUUAAACCAAGUUGUAUUUUUUCGAAUUGUAAGUUCGAUGGAUCCCGGUAGGGUAAAGUUCAGUUACUUGAAUCCGUACUGUACGGAAAAGUGCGUCAACAACUUGGCGGACGGUAAAUUGCAGUGUGACUGUGCAGAUUCGGGAAUUUACAACUGGAUUUGGGAAAAGCAAGAUGACACGUGUGCCUUAUUGUCGAAAAAUAACCGGGAGGUCACAUUUCAUCCCGUUUACAGUUCGGGAACGGCGGCCCUGAGGGGGAGCAAGCCCCUUGAAAAGAACAGGCACCAUUUCUGGGAGAUGAAAAUGCUGUCGAAUUUGUACGGAACAGAUGUUAUGGUAGGAGUAGGGACUUCGGAGAUAACACUAGCCGAUUGGCGAUACCGCUUUUUCAGUUUGUUGGGGUUUGAUAAAGAAUCCUGGGGCUAUUCGUACAAUGGAUUGGUACAACAUGACAAUGUCACUAGAUGUUACGGCUCAAAAUUCGGCUUAGGUAGCUUGAUUGGGGUGCACUUGGACAUGUAUAACGGCACUCUGGAAUAUUAUUUCAACAGGAAACCUUUAGGUGUUGCAUUCCAAGGGUUGAAAUCACACAAACUUUACCCCAUGAUAAGUUCAACAGCAGCACAAUCAGCAAUGAAAAUGACUUGUGCCAUUUCAAUUGAAUCAUCUUUACAACUCACUUGCCUUCAGUGUAUUAUCAAACAUCCAGAAUUGUACAAACAGUUCAAGAGCAUCCCUGGAUUAGCUAAAAUCUACGAACACAAUUUUUUCUGGAUGCUUCCGAAAGAAUAUGAGGACCCUAAACGAAAGGCUAAAGAAAACAUAUGGUCGUCCAAGCGACGAAAAAUGCUGAUACCGAUCAAGUGGCCGCGCUGUCUCGACUCUGAACAACAAACGCUCAAGAUCUCGUUACAUUUCACCAACUAUAGUGACUCAGAAAGUAGCUGUGAUAUGAAUUAUGAUGGUUCCGGAGAUGCAUCAACUUCAAAGGAGGUUUAAUAAAGAUUUAUUCA